AUGUCUUCCACCAUCUUUAACCCUUCUAUGCUGACUGCGUCUCCUUCUCCCUCUCCCUCGCCUGAACCUGAGGAGCGCCCGCUAGAGGGUGGCAAUGCGUCUGUCGAUGACACCACUCUCGAUGAUGCGGCUCCGAAGGAGCCUGAGGAGUCCGAGUCCGACCGGGUGGAACACUCUUGGGCCGCCAUGCUCAACACCAUGCGCGUCUGCAUGGACACUGCUCCUCCCUCCAAGCCGGAGCUCUUGGAGGAGCAGGAAUCUUGGCUUCGCGACUGGAAUGUCCCAAUGUCCGAUAUGACGGUCGUGUAUGAGCGGGCGUGUGCAGCUUCGCUGCAUGUGUCCCUUAACGACGUGGACGCGGUAACAUUAGCUGAGGGCAGGAUUGCCGCUAAGAUGCUGAUGAGAGUUGUGAAGGCCUGGAAGGAAAAGGCGGAAGAAUCUGUGGUGACCGUGCACCCGGCGCGCGCCGACAAGGGAAAGGUGAAGGAGGUUGUUGUGGUGGGGGAGAAGACGGUUGAGAAGGCGGCUGAGCUUGUGUUGACUGAUAUGGGGCGACUGCAUUUGGGUGGGCGGAUGACUGCAACCUCAGUCAAUCGCCCCGCCGAGCAUUGUGAACGCUGCACCGCUUCUGGCGCCAAGUGCGUCGUCAUUUACGUGGGCGGGCGUUGUGAAGCAUGCAUCAAAGCGCGGAAGGUGUGCUCUUUUGUCGCAACCAAGAACAAGGGUCGCGCGCCGGCUGCGCCCAAGCGCAAGGCGCCUCCCUCUGUGCAGACAACUGCACCAGACAUGGCUGAGUCGGAAGUGGAGAUUGUGGGUGAGGCUACAGCCGAUGAACCUGCUGUUGGUCCUUCCAAAGCCAUCGUUGUGCAGCAACCAAAGCGCGCGCUCGACUCAGAUGCUGCUCCUGUGGUGAAGUGCCCUCGUCUGGAGGCCGACCUGGAGUUGGAAGAAGCGCGUGUGGAAGCCGUUCAUCUUCGCGACGAGAAUGCUAAGCUCCGCGUGCAAAACGAUCAGUACCGCCUUGCGCUUAUCAACAUGCGCCAGCACACGCGCAUCCAGGAGUCCAAGUUGCUCUACAUGAGCAACUGGCUCUAUAUCUUGGCGUGCGACUGGGGGAAUUGGGAGAAGGAGCUUGGGGAGGUCCUAGAGGAUUAG